AACCGCUGUCAGGGCAAAACACGUGAAGCGAGCGCGGGGCCAGGGGUUGGGCCUCGCUCUAGCCUUCUGUGGUGCGACCACUGCACAACGUCAUUUCUUUCAACCCAGCGACGCCAACAUUGAGCCGUGUUGGUCUUUAGAAGCUGGAUCUCCCUGCACUCAACUUUCCGUCCCCGUCCCGCUGGAUGGACGUUCAAGCUCACCCCUCCCCUGAUGCUCCUUUUUUACACACUAUUUGACCUACGCCGCACUCCAGCACUGCUCUGCUGCUCCUUGAGCGGUUUAGUUGGCAAAUAUCUCCGGGCUCUCGAUUCAUCAGUUCAAGGCAGCCCUCGGCUAGGCCAAUCCCAAUAGUAUCCCUCCCUACCUGUCGAGAUCGAGGCGACUUCCAUUCUACUACAUGUCCGAUCCUCAGCAACCGCAGGCUCCCCGCCAUUCCCCGACAAUGUCUGACGCGGGGGAAAGUUCACAUCGACGGACCAAAUCUUCGGCACUGUCUCUCCUGAGGCGCAAGGGUGCGGGCGACGACGACACGAUGGCCUCCGACGACGGCACUGCACACAGUGCCCAUGCCUCUUCCUCCGCUCUCGUGUCGACCGCGACGACUGCGACAUCUCAAGCAUCCAUCUCGGUCGCCCAUCAGCAUCCCGUUCGGGGCCACAGCUCAAGGUUGUCUACCGCCGGAAGCGUUCUUGGACGAACGCCUUCACACCAGGCCGCCCCCUCGAUUGGCGGCGCCAAGUCUCCUUCAAACCUCACAGACAAAGGCGCCUCUCUCGAAUCGUCGGUAAAAAAGUUCCGCAUCGUUGAGGCCCUCCGCAACGGUGACACGGCGUCCAUCUCCAAAGCAAUACGCGAGAACUACGAGAACGGGCCUCGCGCGAGCACCUCGUCGUUUGCCACCCAGUCCGGCCCCCUUGAGGAUACCACCAUACUUCAUUUGGCCAUCCAAUGCGCGGAGCAGCCCGUGGUCGAGUACGUCCUGUCUGACGGCGCCGGAUCCCUCGACAUCAACGCCCGCGAUAAGGAUGGCAACACGCCUCUUCAUAUUGCCGCCGUUCAGGGUCGAAGCCAGGUCGUUCGUCUCCUGCUCGAGAACAAGGAGAUCAACGACGCCGUUCCGAAUAAUCUAGGCCGCCUCCCGAUCGACCUCGCUCGAAACCCCGACAUCUUUCAACAGUUGCAGCUCUCCCGAUCCUUGUUUGCCGAAAGCAAGAUUAUGCAGGUCCAAGAUCUCAUCCUCCAUGGCGAAUUCAAGGUUCUCGAGCGCGUGCUAGAGGAGCCACGCUUCAAGACGGUUCUAGACAUCAACAGCACCGAGUUCGCAUCCGACCCCAUCACGAUCCAAGCCGGUGGCACCCUUCUCCACGAGGCGGCACGCCGCAAGAACACCAAGCUGAUCCAGGUCCUCUUGCUCCAUGGUGCCGAUCCCUUCCGUCGGGACCGCAAGGGCAAGCUGCCGCAAGACGUUACAAAGGACGAGAUCACCCGGGCUAUGCUGAAAAAAUCCCCUGCCGCUGUUGCCGCCCAGAGGGGCAUUCAGGAGAAGGCUGUUUUAGGUUCCACAUCGCAGGGGGUCACAACCACGACUCCCGGAGAUCCUCUUGCCGGAAGAGAAGCGCGCGAGAUGAAGGGAUACCUCAAGAAGUGGACCAACUACCGGAAGGGCUACCAACUCAGGUGGUUCGUUCUGGAAGACGGCGUUCUGAGUUAUUACAAACACCAAGAUGACGCGGGGUCCGCCUGCCGUGGCGCCAUCAACAUGCGAAUUGCGAAGCUACACAUGAGCGCCGACGAAAAGACAAAGUUUGAAAUCAUUGGCAAAUCUUCGGUCAAGUACACGCUCAAAGCAAACCAUGAGGUAGAAGCAAAGCGCUGGUUCUGGGCCCUCAAUAACUCAAUACAGUGGACCAAGGACCAAGCCAAGGAGGAAGAGAAGCAGCGCGCUCGGAGUGCCGAGCUCCUCAAGCAGGCCAAGGCCGAGCACACCCAAGGCGCCUCUGAUCCGGCGAGCGAGAGCGCCAGCCUUGCAGACCCCAAGCGUCACAGUUUCCAGCUAUCGCGGCUGCAGUCAUCAAACCGAGGAUCCACGACCAAAAUCCCAUAUGGUGCCAGCACUAUCGGGAGCAACGAUGACGAUGACUUUACAGACGCAGGCACAGACGCAAAUAGGAUAGAGCGCAACGGCGGAGGGGCGCCUGGAGAUGUCGACAAUGACUACGAUGAUGACGACUAUGGCGAAGACUCGAGCGGCCAGGAUGCCCCUGCGGUGAACAAGGAUGCCUUCAACAUCACUGCUCAGUCUGCCAAGUUGCAGCUGGAUACUAUGGCCCACGUCACCUCGGCUCUGCUUGCGGAAGCUGCCAGGAAUCCAACUCUCACUCUGCAGGACCCAAAAGCCUCGCAGGCCCUGUCCACUUAUGAUGCCGCAAUUCUCUCACUUACCGGACUCAUUGGCGACCUUCUCCGAAUUUCAAGGGACAGAGACGCAUAUUGGCAAUAUCGCCUCGACCGUGAGAGCGAAAUGCGGCGCAUGUGGGAGGAGAGCAUGGCCCAGGUUGCCAAAGAGCAAGAGGCCCUUGAAGCCCGAGUUGGCGAAGCGGAAUCAAAGCGGAAAAUCACAAAGCGUAUUCUCAAGGAAGCUAUCGAGAGCGGCAUGAUUGAAGAUGGCCAGGGAUCUCACACACCAGUGAUUUCUGUUGAUGCGGCCCAUGAAGGAGCGGCAGACGAAGUCGUAGGCUCAAAAUCCCCUGCACUUAGCAUCGCCAGGCGCCAGACCGUCAUCGCCCAGGUCGCCGGCAUCUCCGACUCGGAAUCUGACGAGGAAGAGUUCUUCGACGCCGUUGACGCCGGAGAGGUUGAAGUGUCUCAAUUUCCUCCGUCGGAGACUGUCCCAUCCCAGAAUGAAACGCAGCUAGUCGUUUCGGAUGCUCUCGAUAUCAGCGACUCGUUCAGCGGGUACGAGAACGGCAUUCGAACAAAACUCAAGAUGGACGCAGACAACCGGCCAAAGAUCUCGCUCUGGGGUAUCCUCAAAUCAAUGAUAGGCAAAGACAUGACCAAGAUGACAUUGCCGGUGUCUUUUAACGAGCCUACGUCUCUCCUCUACCGCUGUGCCGAGGAUAUGGAAUACGCAGACCUCUUAGAUCUUGCGGCUGAUCGGACUGACUCGAUAGAGCGUCUGCUCUACGUAGGUGCAUUCGCCGCCAGCGAAUACGCGUCUACCAUUGGACGUGUUGCCAAGCCAUUCAACCCGCUGUUAGGCGAGACGUUUGAGUAUGUAAGGCCAGACAAAAACUACCGCUUCUUCAUUGAGCAAGUCAGCCAUCACCCGCCCGUCGGUGCAGCCUGGGCCGAAUCUCCCAAAUGGACUUAUUAUGGCGAAUCGGCUGUCAGAUCUAAAUUUUACGGGCGGUCCUUCGAUAUCAAUCCUCUUGGCACAUGGUUUCUCAAGCUCAGACCGACCUCAGGCGGGAAAGAGGACUUCUUUACCUGGAAGAAGGUCACGUCGUCGGUCGUUGGCAUCAUCACGGGCAACCCCGUGGUUGACAACUAUGGCAUGAUGGAGAUCAAGAACUGGACGACGGGCGAAAUCUGCUACAUCGAGUUCAAGCCCCGGGGCUGGAAGCAGUCAAGCGCCUACCAGAUUGCUGGAAAGAUUGUUGACGCCAACGGGCGGGUGCGCGUUAGCUUGGGAGGCCGAUGGAAUUCGAAGCUGUAUGCCCGUUUGACCCCCGGGUACGAGGCUACGAUUGAGGAGCCCGCAACCGACAGUGAAUCGGUCUACCGCGGCAGCAUCAAUGACCAGAGCAAGGCCUUCCUCAUUUGGCAGGCCAACCCACGGCCAACGGGCAUCCCGUUCAACCUGACGCCGUUCGUUCUCUCCUUCAACCACAUUGACGACAAGCUCAAGCCAUGGCUGGCUCCCACCGACUCUCGCUUCCGCCCCGAUCAGCGCGCCAUGGAGGAGGGCGAAUACGACGUCGCGGCGACGGAGAAGAACCGCCUCGAGGAGGCACAGCGCGCCCGCCGCCGCGAGCGUGAGAACAAGGGUCUCGAGUUCGUGCCAGCCUGGUUCACCAAGGCCCGCUGCGAGAUCACUGGCGAAGAGUACUGGAAAUUCAAUGGCAAGUACUGGGAUAGGCGAGCCCAAGCCGGCCCCAAAGGCGACCCGAAUGUCUGGGAUGGCCUGGAGAAGGUGUUCUGAUCGCGCGAGUUUAUUUGCUCCGCAGUGGUGGCGAGUGUGUGGUUUCUUACUAAUGUUAGAUGGUGGCGGGUUGCGCUUGCUUUUUGAUUCAGCCGAUUGGUCUUGUUGUGUGGGAGAGAAAAAAAAGCGUCUGUUACUGCCUAGGAUAAUAGCGAGAACGAAGGAAGAAUUAUGGUCGGCCGUCCCACUCCUAAUCGAUAUACAGAGUGGACAGACUCAGUAGCAAGCAGCUUAUAUAUCUUACAAAUAAAGUUUUAUCCUCCGUG